UUCAGGGGGAAACUGGGGUCCCAGAGAGGAGACUCAGACUCAGAAUGAGUCUGGAAGGGCUUGCCUGAGGUCUUCUCUUUGGGGGAGAGAUCUGGGAACCCGGGAGAGGGGAGACUUGACAGAGUCUGCUGUGAAGGGCUGGAUGUCCUUGUGUCAAGACACCUUUGCCACUUACAUCCUCAGGUCUGCUCCUGCUACUGCCAUGCCCCCUGCUGCCCCAGCAGGAGAAGGGGGCCCUCCUGCUGCCCCCCCAAACCUCACUAGCAACAGGAGGCUGCAGCAAACCCAGGCCCAGGUGGAUGAGGUGGUGGAUAUCAUGCGGGUGAAUGUGGACAAGGUCCUAGAGCGGGACCAGAAGUUAUCAGAACUAGAUGACCGUGCAGAUGCCCUCCAGGCUGGGGCUUCCCAGUUUGAGACAAGUGCUGCUAAGCUCAAGCGUAAAUACUGGUGGAAAAACCUCAAAAUGAUGAUCAUCCUUGGAGUGAUAUGCGCCAUCAUCCUCAUCCUCAUCAUUGUUUAUUUCAGCACCUAAGCCCAGCAGGAGCUGCCCCUGCCCGGGAGAGGGCCCCCUUCCCUCCAUGGCUCUCCCUCUCUCAGCCAUAUCUUCCAGCCCCUUCUCCUGUCCCAUCUCCGGUGUGUCUGCGUGUGUGUCCCCCCCUUGUAAAUAGCCAGCUGUUAUUUAUACAUAUAUAAUAUUAUAUAUAUUUGGUCUGUUUGUAGUUUUAUUACUAGAAGAUUUUUUCUGGUUGUUCUUAACUUCUCUCCCCUGCCCAUCACCUUUUUCUUUCCCCUAACUCAUUCCUCUCCUUUUCUUUUGAUCCACAGUCCCCUCAUGUGCAUUUGCUAUGCAACAUUCUCUAUUCUCCUUCCAUCUUCCUUUUUGCCUGGAUUUAGCUGUUCAUCUCUCCCACCCAUCUCUCUCCUCCCAGGAACCCAGGGCUCCCCCUUAUUUAUGGACUAUCCAAUCAUUAUGGACUGUGACAAAGAUUCCCUUAGCCACCUUUCCCUCCCCUAUGUCUCCUAGGAGCUCUGAGCAUUUAAAUUAGCAUGUCAUUUACAUAAACCACACCCUUUUUGGUUUGCUUUUCAGUCAUUCCUGCCUCCUGACCUGUAUUAGGUCUCCUCCUUUUACCUACUAAAGAUACCUACGGGUCCUCCAAUUUUACCCUUAUUUGCACGACAUUUACAUAAGUGAGGGGUUCUUUGCUUUUAACACAUGGGGGCCUGUGGCCUCCCCACUAUUCCAUUUUUUUCACCAUCCAUUUCCUUCUAACUCUUGUCUGUCAUCAUCCUUUCCCAAUUCCUCCUUCCCACAAAUGCCUCCCCAACUCUCAACCCCACAGCUGGUAUGUAAGUGUCUUAAAGUUAAAUGUUUUGAUGGACCAAUAAUUCUGCCACUUGGGGGUCUCCACAUUCCUACUCCCCAUAUUUGGUAGGGGGGCUCACUGACAUUAUCAAAAGGGUCCCCCUCACCUGCCCUCCUGCCCCUCCCACCCCAGCUGGGAUGAAUUGGGGAACCCUGCUACAUUCCGAUUCUAAUCUAGGAGGGGAGGCCACCAGCCAAUAGGGGCUGUCACUGCCGUGGGGAGUCUGGUAAGGGGGCUGAGGAACACCUCACAAGUCCUCCACGGACCUCCUCCCCUCUGAGCCACCUCCUUGUGGGGAACGGAGCUGAUAGCCCACCCUGGGGUUCCUGGGAGGGUUUGCAAAGUGCUGUCAUUGCCCACCUCCCUUGGAUGCCCCCCUGAAUUCAAGGAAGGGGGAAAUAGUCACUGCCAGAAUGUGUUGUUGGGGGAGGAGGAGACAUUUUAUCCCUUCCUCUCCCCAAGAGAAGAAGGGAAUGGUUCCUUUGAGGUCUUCUAGACUGAGGGGAGUUGGUGGUUGAAGGAGGAGGGUCACAAAGUCUUUAAAUGGCACAACUUCGGGGGAACGUGGAGGGGAGGAUAUAGUCCUUUUACUUGCCACUAGAUCUCUGUGUUCCCCCAUUCCACUUUCUGGGAGGUUGAGGAGAAAGAGAGCUGCCUACUGGGUUGGGGGUGGUGGAGAUGUGGGGGUGGGGCUUUGUUUUAGACCCCCCCCAUUCACUAUCCCUACCCUGUCCCCUUCAGUGCCCCCAAUUCUGUGGCAAAUCCAGAUUGUGAAAAUGUACAAUAAAUAAAUGUGUGAUGAGAAACCA